GAGAAGACUUGCACAGACCAUGGCGUUCUCGUGCACGGCCUACAAUGUAUGCUUCUUCCUGUACGUCUUCUCCGUGCCGGCAUUCCUGCAGUACCUGGUGCACGCGCCCUCGACGUUCAACAACUUGCCUUUCCACCCGGUGCCGCUGCAGACACUCAAGGGACAGGUGGCGAAGGUGAACAUGAGCAACCCGCCCCAGACCAUGGAAGAGGGCGUCAACCACUGCAAACCCUGCUACGAGGACAAGUAUCACAAGAUGGGCAUGUACCAGUGGGACAUCAUGCUCCGCAUGUCGUACGCUGAUCUCGUGGCACAGACACGGGACCAGCCGGUCAGCACCAUGUACCCCGUGAUCCUCGCGUCGAACGAUUUCAAGAAUUGGAGGGUCGUCGCGGACGCGGACGACGUGUCCGGCGACCACACGGAGGACGAGAUCACGGAGAAGAAGACCAAGCAGACCACACACAUCAGCCCUCCGCUGCUGAUCGCCAAGCUGAAGCCCUUCGGCUGCGUGGACAACGAGACGGGCACCACUGACCCCUUCAUGUGGUUCUUCGCCUCCGCGGGCAAGGCCCGCCAGUACAAGUGGAAGCUGGUGGAGCACAUCUCGCAGCACGGGGCCGUGAACCUCGUGGCGUGCGUCAUGCAGGGCUUCUCGAAGGUGAACCAAGUGCUCACCCACUACGCCCAGAGCUGCAUAUCGGAGACCAGCAUGUCCUGCGUGCAGACGCCGCGCGAGGCGCUGGGCCAGUGCUACGCGCUCGGCUCCGCCUGCGGCCAGGCCUGCGGGUACUACUCCCCGGCGUCGGGGCACUGCCAGAAUGGCCAACUCGACCCCGUGCUCUUCCAGGGGCUCACUGCCAAGCGGGUCAGCAUCAAGACGGCCCUGGGCGGAGGCGCCGCCAACUCCCUCGUCUAUUGCGAGGAGGAGGGGUGCAAGACGGGGCUGCACUUCAAGGGCAUGUACGUCGAGGCCGAGAAUCCCAACGACUUCGUCGUAGGCAACCAGGACUCCAUGACAGGCGACUACUACACGGUCAUGUUCGCCAUGUCCGACGUGGUGGAGUCGAGCGUCAAGGUGUCCCAGGUCCUCGGCGGUGACGAGGAGCAGGAUACGACCAAGCUGACCUCGCACCACAGCGGCCAUCACCACUCGAGCUCCACGGGCCGCCGCCUGGACGCGAGCGCCAAGUACGUGUGGCAGAUCGCGUCCACGCCCAACCUGACCAUGGGGGUCUUCAAGGACCACAGCUCCAACACCAUGCGCAUCCGGCCCGCGCGGGAGUCGUGCUACACGCAGCCGGGCUUCACCUACAUGGUCGCCUGCAUGACCGCGAAGCCCGUCUUCACGAGCGGGGAGAUGAUGGACACCGCAGGCCCGCCCUUCAACGACCGCUGCCUGGCCGUGGGCGGCAUCUGCGGCGCGGCGUGCGGCUCGGGCGAGACGCUGGACGAGGACGCGCUGAAGUACUGCCCGCUCCAGCACGGCCGCAGGCUGGGGCUCGCCGACGACUCCCCCUACGCGUCGGUGAGCAUUCCGAUGGAGUCGCUGGUGGCCCCCAUUGAGGCGCGCAAGUCGGCGACCACGAAGUCGCCGGCCGCGGCGUUCUUCUUCUCCGGCUUCAUCUUCUUCGUGACGAUAUCCUACUUGGCCACAAUUCUCAGCAAGUUCCCCGGAAACUUCACAGACUUCUAUCCCAUGCACACGUGGGAUGAGAUCAAGACGCACGGCUACGUGUUGGAGAAAUUUGGUUGCCGUGCGGCUUUCGUAUUUUUGUUGCGCCAUGGGUAG